UGACCCAUAUGGUGUUGUGUUGAAAUGGAACAAAGGACAUAGAACAAAGUGUUACAUAGGUUGUAUGAAUGAAGGUCAACAGUGUGGUGCCAGUUGGCAAAAAGGAGAAUGUGCCGGCGGACUCGCACCUGUAUUUAUAAGGUCUGAUGUUUUAUCAGUGGGCCAGGUUCCUCACAUCCUCCCUCAUGAAGUGAUCGGCCGUGUGACCAGCACUUCCUUUGUGCUAAGCCAACCUCUCUGCUAUUUCAACCAUCAGACAGAACUUCCUUGCACUGUAAACACAUGUGAGAUAUGGUCCGUCAUUGCCUCUGGCCCAGGUGUCCACAACUUCGACCGAGACAAGGUCAGAGUGGCAUCAGGGAUCCUCAGUGCUUCGCCGUACAUGGAUGCCUUCCUGGGUCAGGGGCAGAAAAUGUAUUUUAUCACCAAGUUGGGUGUCCCGAGGAACUUCCCCUGCGGCGACCUGCCAGGGAUCAGGUACUUUAAAGUGGGGGCUGAUGGGAACUGCUCCACCACCAACUGCAAUGGAAUCCUGCCUGCAGGCUCCACUGUCAGAGUAAAGUACAUCCUUAUUGAUCCAGUGACCAAAAAGGUCGUCUCUGAGUCAAAAUGGUCUUUCCCCAUCAUUCUCCUGACAUCCAGGGCCAGCUCCUCCAUUGACGAGUCGAUGUGGAAGCGCUCUGGGGCGAUGGUCGUGAUCACUGUCAUCCUCUCCUGUUCACUGGCAGUGCUGGCACUAUUGCUGGCUAUUGUGUUGCUGCUGGACUGUGUAGGAUCUGGUCGGGGGAGGCACGACAUCAUCACUGAUGCAGCAUCCUUCAGGGCACAAAGCUACAGCACCAGUGGAACCUAUGCACUCAGACCAUGACUCAUUUGACAAUGCCCAGCCCAGGGGUGACACCAUAGACCACCACAUUAACCUGGACUGAGAGAAAAAGGUCAUACAGUGCAGUCCGUAAGUAAUUGGGUGAUCUGUGUAGAAAUUACAUCCUUUUUUAUCCAUCGUCUUGCCAUUUUAAGGGACCAAAGGUCAUUGGACAGUUGG